AUGGCAACGGAAGAUGUUCAGGGGACGUCAAAAUCUGCAGGCGAAAGUCCUAACGCAGUCGGCUCCUCUGAGGCUCCCGCUCGACCCAGGAAGUCAAAGGGAGUUGAGCCGAACAGCAGUCGCGAACAAUACAACGCCCCCUUCCCGUCCCCGCUACAUCCCUCUUCCUCAUCAACCACAUCGGACGAGUCCUCCUCGUUGUCACCAUCAGACUCCACACGCAAAAAGAGUCUUCAGGGCAGCAGGGAGCGCCAGGGAUCUUCCACACCCUCAACCUCGGUAUUCUCUACCCCAGACGAUCCCAAAUCUUUGACCGACCCUUUUCAGAGGUUAUCGGUCACAGAUGCCGAGAACCCUGUCGGAUCCCUGCCAGAUGCCACACCGUCUGAACCAGUCUCCACCCCGUCCACAUCAAUGGGGGUCACCACGCCUUCGUCAUCCGCACCAAGCGUCGUCUCCAGCUCAGAAGCGCACGACCUACUUGGGCCUUUGCCGCCGAGCCAAUACGCGGUAGAGCGAGCCUCAUCAAGCAGACAGGGGGGCAUGACCUUAUCGAGUCAUGGUGGAGGCAGCGGACCCCGAUUACCCUUGCCAUCCCCUCCAGCGUCCUGGGGCAUCAGCGAACUCAUCUCAGGCUCUCCGUACCAUACCGCCGUCACCGAUUCUUAUUUUGCACCGAUGCAGCAAUCGGAUACAUCUCAACCGAGUCGGACUGGGUCGUCUUCGCGGCGACCCCCUGCAUACUCGCCGUUCCGGACGUACUACGGAGAAAACAGUAGACCGUCAAGCCAUCAACGACCUCUGUCCGCUGAACAAAGUUUACUCUUCGAUGGCACGCCCUCUCCUUCUUCAGUCUAUGAAAUUUAUGAACAUCCCACCCCCAAGCCCCCCUCCGAUCCAGCUUCCUCUCCAUCUCACGAGAGUCGCAGUAGUCGGAAAAGCCCUCGAGUCCGCAAUGUCGGACCUGUCUUGGCUCCUCAUGGCUCAUUCACUUCGACUAAAAGUCGAAGGACUCCACCAGGAAGCACCCGAAGUUCCGCCAAUUCCGCCGUAUCAGAUCCUCAGCAAUAUGCUGCGGCACAUCGCAACACCGUUCCGGAUGGGAUGACUCCUGAUGAGGCUGACGCGCUGAGACGUGCUGCAGCAAAGGGAGACCAAUUAGCAAUGUACAGACUGGGCUGGAGAGCAGACACACCCCUGGACAAACGAUAUGUCCUGGGAUCAGUAGAAGACGUUUGGGGAUCAGUAUCUCCAUAUGCCUCCAGUACCCGCAGAUCCUCAAAAUCAUCACACAGCUCUGGUUACUUCGGCGCUGUCACUUACUCAUCGGCAGAAGGCUCCGCCUCCCAACAUCCACCAAAUCGAGCAUCGCAUGCCUCGACGCCUCAUCCGAAUGACGGCUCUGGAGUACAGUGA